AUGGCGUCGUUGUCUUAUCGUGACGAUAGCCGUCAAGGUGCUGGCGGUCUAAGUGACGACGAUGAUAAGCCACUGCCUCUCGAUUUCACCCACCACUACUCUGACACCACUAAAAGCCGGAAUGCCAGUAAGAUCAAGGCAAUCUACAAGUUCUUCCAGAUACCUGGCAUUCUGAACAUUGCUGGUGGUCUCCCCAAUGCCCAGUUCUUCCCCUACGACACCUUGGAGGCACAGGCAGCCAAACCUGAGAGAUGGUCUCCUUCCUCCGGGUCAUCAAACCCUUCAGCACCAAACCACAUCACCAUCCCCCAUGAUGAUUCCACUCAGAAGGACCUCCUCCAAAAGAUCGACCUAGCCACCGCCCUGCAGUACGGCAUGGCCCAAGGCUACCCCCCCCUCCUCGGCUGGAUCAGACAGUUCACCCGCGACCACCUCCACCCCGGCGUCCCCUACAAAGGUGGCCCCGAAGUAGUCCUCACCUGCGGCUCAACUGACGGGUUUGCCAAAGCCCUCAACCUCUUCGUCACCCCCUGGAGAACCACUGACCCCAUCUCAUCCCGUCCCGGCCUUCUCUGCGAAACCUACGUCUACACCAACAUCACCAACCAAGCCACCCCCCUCGGCGUCCAAAUGGUGCCCGUCAAAACCGACGAAUCCGGGAUGGCAGUCUCUGGCCCAGGGGGGUUAGAAGACGUCCUCGCGAACUGGGACAGCAGCAAGGGGAAACGCCCUCACUUGAUGUAUACCGUCACCCUAGGCCACAACCCAACCGGUAUCCUCCUCUCGGUCGAGCGCAAGAAGGAAAUCUACGCCAUCUGCAGCAAAUAUGACGUGAUAAUCAUCGAAGAUGAGCCCUACUGGUACCUCCAAUUCCCCGAAGCGAGCUCUCUCGAGGCCGAAUCCCGUGGCCUGCCUCCCCCUCCUCGCUCCUCCCUUUCCACAGUCACCACUCCAUCCUCCGGCUUCCCCUUCCUCGACUCCCUAACCCCAUCCUUCACCCCCCUCGACACCGACGGCCGUGUCGUCCGCCUAGACACCUUCUCAAAAACAGUAGCCCCAGGCUGCCGUCUGGGCUGGAUAACCGCCCAACCCGCCCUCAUCGAGCGAUUCGAACGAAUAACCGAAGCGACUACCCAACAACCCUCCGGCUUCGUCCAAGCUCUAAUCUCCAAACUGUUGAUCUCCCCCCCUCCCAUUCCCUCCACCACCCAAUCCAUAUACAUCUACUACCACCCCCCCCCCCCCUCCCAACCAUCACCAUCCCAACCCUACCCAUUCCUAAACUCCAUCUACCCCCUCCCCACCCCCUACCACAACACCAUCCAAACAAUUUACACAAUCAUCCAAUACCCCUCCCUACUCAUAACAACCACCCCAACCCGCUCCAACGGCUGGCAACCGUCCGGCUUCGUAACCUGGCUCUCCGGCCUCCGCACCCGCUACCAGACCCGCAUGGCAAGAAUGUGCACCAUCCUCGACUCCGGCUCCGUCCUCAUCACCACCCCCCCAACCCGCUCCCACUCAUGGGCCGUGGUGAAGAAAGUAAAGUUGUACGACUUUUCGUGGCCGAGAGCGGGCAUGUUCAUCUGGUUGAGGAUGCACUUCUUUUCACAUCCUUUGUUCCCCGUUUUCAAGUCUGCCUUGUCAACCGCGUUGAUGGUCUGGCUUACGGGGGGGGACUACAAGGUCUUGGUCACGACGGGGGCAAUCUUCGCUGCGAAUGACGAGAUCAAGGAGGGGGAAGGGUGGGAGUACUUCAGGCUUUGUUUUGCUGCCGAGGAGGAGGAGAAUGUCGAGUUGGCUGCCGAGAGGUUUGUGGAGGGGGUGAAGGCGUUUUGGGAGGUGAGGGAUCAUGAGGUUAUCAAGAAGCUGCUGGAGGAGGUGAAGAGUGACGACGAGGUGGUUGGGGAGCAAGAGGGGUUGGUGAAUCUGGCUGGGUUCAUGGGGUGUUAA